UUUCGAUUAGUGCUGCUUUUUGUCCGGCGACACAUCUGUACUUCCGGUUGACUACCAAACAGAACUACCACCGCAGUCUAUACAGAACCAGAAAUCUAUUCAACAUGUCGUCUAUCAAAACCGUAGCUACUUUUGCUAUCAUCAUUGGCUGUUUUGCCGUGCUGUACCCGAGGUUUCUUCAUCCUAUGAUGCUGCGGAUAUGUGGACUUCAAACAAAGAGUUCCGAUGACGUAUCAGAUACUCCCCCUGGACGGAAUACGCGCUCAGGCAUUCGACCUGAAGACCGGCUCCCGCCACACAUGGGACAUCAGGGAGGCGAUCACAGACAACACAUGAGGCCUGGUCCCCACCCUGGCAUGCGAGCAGCAGCAGAGAUGCAACGACAGCAAACUCAGCAUGGAGGUGGGCGUGGCAUGAUGGGUAUUGUCCUGCCCAUGUAUGCAGUGGGCAUUGUCCUGUAUCUCGUCUAUACCCUUGUGAAGGUGUUUGGAAAGAAGGAUAAAGAGUUGGAAUCUGGUGGUAGCUGGGGCUGCCUCACUGAAACUCAGGCUGCCUACAGCAAUCCCUUGUCCCAAACUCCACUCGACCCACUCAAGACACAAGAUUUCAACAGCAUAAUAAGCAAGGACAAGAAGAAGGAACUUGAAAAUCUGUUGCUGAAAGCAGAUGAUAAAAGCAUCAGUGAAGCAGAGAUGAAAGAGUUGCAGCGACGACUGGAGGAAACAGAAUCACAGAUGACGCAGAUCCUCAAGGCCAUGCGGCUGGUACAGAACAAAGUGGUGGACCAUACCCAGGUACACCACCCAGUACAUGGGACUACAUCCUGGUGGGGGUGGGUGGAGAUAAUCCAGACUAAAGCUAGGGGGGGGAAGAUAAAUAAGAGUGAGAAAGACCAAGAGACACCAGAUGAGAGCAAGGCUGGUGCAAGUGGUGCUGAUGGAGUGGACAACGUUAGGAUGGAGGAAGCUGGCCACUGUCACACCACACAUAAAACAGAAGAAGACAAAAAGCAGGCACAUUGUGAAGGAGAAGACUCAAGACAAGGCAAGGAUGGUGACACUGAGGAAGACAACGGAAAGGAAGACGAGAGCAAAGAGUUUGAAGAGAACAAAGAGGAAGAGGAUGUGAUACUACAGAGCAGAGAGGAAACAGAUGAGAAGAACGUGCGCCAUCGUCAAGUAUCUCAGCCUCAGGCGCAAUGAAGCCAAUAAAGCCUUGAACUUUACUUGUUAUUUCUUUCCAAACACGAGUGUUGUUUCUCAAGUUCCUUUGUAGUUUCUUAUCCAAUGAAGUGGCAAAAUAUAACCGAGCCUACAACCCAGAAAUGAUAUAAUGAUUAUGGUGUGGGUACUCAAGAUACCUUCAAUCACCUCCAUAUACACUCCUAUCUUGAAUUUUUUCAAGAUUUGAAUAGCUGAGGCAUAUUGAGAAGCUAAACAUUAUGUGUUCAAAUUAUGUUAAGGUAUAUAUUAAGGUAUCAAAAUAUGUUACCACUGUUAAUAGUCAUAGUUGGUUAACUUGAUAUUUGUUUGGGCUGUCCCUGUUAUUUUCAUAAUUGUUACAAACAGCCAUAGAUGGAUCUACAGGUAUACAGUUCAUAUAAACAACAUCAUAUGUCAAGUCAGGAUUGUUAGGUCAGAAAACUUUGAUUGAUUAUGAUUGCUGUCUUCAGGAAUUUAAAUCUUGUUCUAAUCUAAUUGUUCUGAGGAUAAUACUUAUUAGGCAAUGUCACUGUUCUCAAACGUAUACCAGAAACAAAUAACACCUGUAACAUUGUAUGUUCACUAAUAAUCCAAAAUAUUGAAAAAUUUGCUCAGUGGUCCUUCAACCUUUUAGUAUUUAAGCUUGUGCAAUAUUUGACAGAAUCUCAUGGUCAUGUUUACAGACCUUGCUCUUGAGCUGUACACACUGGGAUCUUGUGUGUCAGCUUGAGAGGUUGUCUAGCUUUGAUUGUUGAUAAUAACAUGAAGGUAUAAAGCAGUACCCUACUA